AUGAGGGAUAGAGCACGUAUACCGUUACUGGCGAGGUCCGUCAAGGACAGAUUUACCUUAUAUCAGGGCGGAGCGGAUCCUUGGCCUGCUCGUAGCUGGUUGAAGAAUCUGGAGAGCAGAUUCGGGUACAUGAGUUGUACAGAUGAGGAGAAAGUGGAACUGGCAGCAUACCAUCUCCGAGAUCAAGCAAUCACAUGGUGGGACAUGCAGAAGACGAUCUUUGGGGAGCAGCACAUCAUGUGGUCGAUGUUUCGAGAUGCUUUUGAGCGACAGUAUUUUCCAGCUACAUUCUGUCUAGCUCAACGUCAGGAAUUUUUGAAUCUCAAACAGGGUGACCGAUCAGUGAUGGAAUACAAUGCUGAAUUCUGUAGACUGGCUGAAUUUUGCCCGCACUUAGUGGCACAUGAUUAUGAUCGUAUACAGCAGUUUACCCAGGGUCUUGCAACAUACAUACGGAUCCGGAUGUCAGGAUUUCCAGGUACUUCCUAUCGGGAGGUUUUGGAUCGUGCACUGUUUAUUGAGAGACGUAGCAGCAGGUGUCUCUAG